CGAGGCAUUCGUGGUUCAGUAUCUAGUUGGCGUCGGACGUUCUUUGAUGUGACCGACCGUUGAACGCGAAACUGGAAAAUUCGAUGUCAGUGCGUGAUGUAUAACAGCCCGCCUACUUGUAAUUUCCAUCUAGCGAAAAAAACAUGAGGUCACACACGACUUGCCCCUAAUAUUUUUAAUUGGUCAGUGACGUGGUACGCCCUAGAAAAAAUAUUAGAUCAUUUCUAUAAUAUUUUCGAUUACAAUCGAGUAAUUUCGCGGAUUUUUUUACGUGUUCCUUAAUUAGAUGUAUGAACGGAAAUUGGUGAUUACUUGGAUGAUAUUAAAUGGAAAGUCUCAUAAACAUAUGUGCGAAAAGUUAGAAGCGUUGACUGGGGAAAAUCAUUGUCAAUCUUAUAAAAUAAAAUUACAUAAGAAUUUAAACUGAAGACAUUAAAAUAGUGGACGAAAGCCAGAAGAAAAGGCAAUUCAUCGUGUGUAGUGAAUACUGAAAGCCAAAGACAGAAAGGACCUGUGGAAUAGAAUAAUUAUAUCAAGGAAAAUGUUCAUCAGUUACAACAAUAUAUUGAUUUUUUUGUUCUUUAUGGUUCAUCUUCAUGAGACAAUAGGACUUAAAAUUUCCGAGGAUGAUCGAAUUCUCUUCGAACAAAAUAGCAGGAAUGAUAUCGACUCGAAAUAUUGUAAAGAACUUGGCAAGUAUAAACCAAAUCCUAAGAACUGCAAAGAAUUCUACCAAUGCUCAACUACUGGUUGGGUUAGAAAAUCGUGUUCAGAAGGACUAAAAUUUGAUCCAGUAACAUUAAACUGUGACCAUUCUCAGAAUGUUCAAUGUGAAAAUGAUUUUAACAGGGGAAUAAAGCGAAAAUCCAAACGAAAUCAAAUAAAAAUUGAUGUUCUUGAAAAAAAACGAGCUACUUUGCCUUGUAACAUCACUACUCCAUCUUAUGAUGAGUCGAUUUACCUUAUUGUAUGGUACAAGGACGAGAAUACAUCCAUAUUUAGUGACGACAGAAGAAGAAAAAGGAUAUGGUCCUCAGAACCAGACAGAAUAAAAUUUUUUUUCAAUAAAAAUUCAGCUGAACUCGUUAUUGAUAACGUGACGAGAACAGAUGCAGGUGUUUUCAAAUGUAGUAUAGAAUAUUCAAAAUCAGCAACAGAAAAUCAAUAUAUUGAACUGAAUGUCAUAGUUCCCCCAGAUGAAGUGAAGGUAAUCGAUGAAAAUGGCCUCCCCUUGUCAUCGAUAACAGGACCUCACAAAGAGGGCGAUGAUGUGACACUAAGGUGUGUCGUAUAUGGAGGGACACCAACGCCUAAGGUUUCAUGGCUGAGAAAUAAUAAAUUUCUCGAAGAGUCAUUGCAACAGAAAUAUGUUGUAAAAGCGAUAGUGGAAAAGACAUUGACUAUACGAAACAUAACACGUUCGAUCAUCCCUGAUAUUUUCACAUGUCGAGCCUCCAAUAACAAUGAAAUCGGAUUCCAGAAGAACAUCAAAAUCGACAUCAACCUUCCACCACUUUCUGUGAAGAUAGAAACUAGUGUCUCACUAUCAGCAAUAAAAGAAUAUAGAAUGACUUGUAAAAGCUUUGGUUCAAGACCUCCUGCAACAAUAGAAUGGUUUAUUGGGAAUAAAAAAGUCGAUUCAGUGUAUGUGCAAACUGUGGAGGCAGAUGAUAACUCAAGUAUUUCAGUUCUCACAUUCACCCCAAAACGGGAGGAAAAUGGCCUUGAUUUAAUUUGUCGUGCUAAAAACAAUUAUCUGAACGAAUAUAGGAACUAUUCGAUUCCACUGAAUAUUUCAUAUCCGCCAAAGCCAAUAGUAGCACUUGGGAGUAGUUAUAAGUCAGAAUACUUCAAAGAAGGCGACAAUGUAUAUUUCGAUUGUAAGGUGGACGCUAAUCCCGGACCCAAUAAACUGUCUUGGUUGCAUAACAAUAGAUUACUUCAAGAUGAUAAGAAGAAUGGAAUAUUAAUUCGGAGCACUCAUUUGAUUCUCAACGAAAUAAAGAAAAAUCAGAAAGGAAACUACCAGUGUUUGGCGUCAAAUACGGAAGGAAAUGCCGUAAGUGAGGCUUAUAAUCUUCAAAUAAAAUAUAAACCUAUUUGCAAAGAAAAACAGUUACGUUAUGUUUACGGAGUCGAGAGGAUGAAAACAGUAGAGGUGAAGUGUGAGGUAGAAUCCCACCCCCCACCACUGAAAUUCGAAUGGAAAUUCAAUAAUUCGGCUCGUAAUAAUGAAAUUUCUCCGAAGAGAAUCAGCAACGAGAAAUUUACAUCAAUAGUGAAAUAUAUGCCAAUGAAUGAAAAUGAUUAUGGUACAUUACUUUGUUUGGCUGAAAAUGAGGUUGGCAGACAAACGGAACCAUGUGUCUUUCACGUAGUGCCUGUUGGAAAACCCGAUCGUCCUUCGAACUGCACCUUAUUGAAUGUUUCAAGCUACUCACUCGAAAUCAAAUGUUUGCAAGGAUACGAUGGAGGUCUCCCUCAGAAUGCACGAUUGGAGAUUUACGAUAAGAUGACAUCUGUAUUAGUUAAGAAUGCCACAUCUGAUUUCUCUUCAAUUUGUAUCGAGGACCUGAAACCUGGAAUAUCUUUGAGGAUAAUAAUUUACUCUGAGAAUUCUAAGGGACGAAGCGAACCUGUUGUUUUGGAGGCUGAUACCCUCAUGAGCGAGGAUAAACUAUCAGUACUUGCAAUGGAUGAGGAUAGUCGUUUAGGAAUCGUGCCUCUGUUGGGUAUCAUAAUUGGAUUCGUCUUCAUCAUGAUCAUUCUAUCCUUAGCUGCCUUCAUAAUAAUCAAACUGAAAAAAUGUAAAUUUCCAAACAAGUCAUAUAUAUUCUCCGUGGAUAAUUCCAAAAUAAAUCCUACUCCACAAAAGAGACCAAAUGGAGGGGAUUUUUCGGAAAAAGACGAGAACAACCCUGAUAUCAUUCCGGUCUACGCAAAUAUAACUCAAAUGAGUUCAAAUAAUUCGAUUCGGCAAUCUCCACAUGAAAAUGUAUAUACGACUACUGAAGAUUUCCUAACGAAGAGCAGAGAACCUGAACUCUACGGGCUAACCUACGUGGAGUUGCAGCCAAUACCACUAGUUUAUUCAGAUAAUAAGAAAUUGAUACCAACUAAAAACAAAGAAGAAAGAGUUAUUUAUGCAGAUAUUGAACAUAAUAGAAAAGACUUCUACUGUCCAAAAAAGUCAAUAAACGUACUGACUGUUAAUCCAGAAAGUUCUUUUUCUUCUGGGAAAUCAAGAAAUCACCAAAGAGAAGUAGUUACAACGAAAGCACCAUUUAUGGGUCAUCAUCAAGAAAGUUGUGUGUGAAUGAACGUUAAUGAAAUGAAUUUUCUAUUUUGCUUUCAUUGAGGGUUUUUUAAUUUAAUCGUUUCUGUUAUCAGUUCCAGGUUAUUUUAAGAGUCAUUACAUAUUUCAUACUAAGAGAGUUUAAUGGAUGUGGAACCCGCUUCUAGUGAAGCUCCAAAUUUCUCAAAUCAGACAUAGAUUUCUUAUUUUCACUGGAAGUUGAAUAGAUUCUGUAAUAGUUGAAUGAUAUAUAUCAUCAUAAAACUUUUAUUCAAUUCAUUUUUGGUUGCACCGCAGGUGUCGAUAUAAAAUUUACAAGUUUUAGUUGACUUUGUAGUAUACCUCUCAGUGAAACUUCCACUCUUCUGUAUAAAUAUUUAAUAUGAAUGUAAAAAUUAUAUUCAACUGAACCUGUAAAUGAAUCCAAUGAUGAAUAAAUAUUAUUCGUUUA